AUGUUUCUACCAAGCGACGGUAACAGACGAAACUUUCGCACCGGCUUUACCAGAAGAGGAUUUAGUCCAGUGAGAGAUAUCAGCCCAUUAAGAAGAGGUACUGGUCCAACCAGAAGAGAUCUUAGUCCCAUCAGAAGACCAAGAACUCCGCCAUUGCGGAGGGAUUUUGAUAGAAGACCUGAUUAUCGGAGAAGAGAGCCGAUCGCUUCGUAAGUGAUUUGAGGAGAACAGUGGGAAGUUGCCACUAAAACAAGAAAAUUAUGUUGUAGUAGUCGAGGUCAUAAUAUUAUUAUAGCCACAGAGGAGCCAGAGCUGAUGCCAGAAAGUACUUGCCGCCGACUAGAACCUUUAACAAGUAGGUCAAGCUUUCCUUUUUUAUCUAUCUAAAUUUAGGUACAAGAGUGGAAUUGGCCCAAUAUCUCCGAUCAGAACGGAAGGCGAGAAACGCUCCAGAAGCCCCAUUAGAAGCGAAGUUUUUAGCAAGAGAAGUCAUGCUGUAGAAAGACCAGAAGGCGAAGUCGAAGCCAUGAAGUUAGAAAGGUCAAUCAGAUACGAUCUUAUGGACAUAUUCGCAUCGUGUAUUCACGCAGAUAAGGCGACUCAUGUAUGUUUAUGAGAAGUGGUACUUUAAAGGAAGUAUCAGAGUUAGGAAGGUGAAGAUGGUUAAUAAAAAACCAAAAGAAAACGGAAAUGUAGUCAAAAAGGUUCAAGAAGGUGAAGGAUAUGUCAUGAGACAUAAGAGAGCGGUACUUUAACAUCGUGAAGAUGGUUAUUAUUUAAAAAAAGAAGUUUUUAACAAUAAAGAAGAUAAAAAGACAAACAUAUUCAGGUAGAGAGGUUAACAUUGGUGAAAGGAAAGAUACGAGAACUAAAAGACGAAGUCGGCUUGAUGUACGGCAAUAAUGAUCAUGUAGAGUUGGAAGAGGUCGAUUCCGGUAAGAUUUUCGGUUAAAAUACUUAAAUUCUAUUAUUUUUGCUACUUAAAAUUGAACUUAAAGAUAAAUAUUGCGACAUGACGUUAUAUAUUACCUAAAAUUGUGAUAUUUUUAGUGGAACAUGGACAUAAUGGUGCAGACAGAAACAAACGGUAAGAAACUUUUGGCAGUUAAAGCUUUGCUUUACUGAGUAAUUCAUACCUAACCUAUAAAAUAAAAAGCGACAUUUAGAAGAAAUAAAAUUGAAAUCAUUUCAGGGAAUAUGAUGGAAGGUCACGAGAUUAUCCGUCGAAAGAUACUAGGCGCGGUGACUCGAAGAGAUUCAGAAGGCAAGGAGAAGGUAUAGGCAAAUGGCCUCACAGAGGUUACAGUAUCUCCCCGAUUAGGACUGAAGGGGACAGCGACUUGAAGGAAGUGGACUCUGGUACGUUGAACUCGUAAAGAUUGUAACUUGUUUUAGUUCGCGAAGAAUCACCGAGAAAACCGCGUUCGCCUAGCAGGGCAAGAAGGUAAGGAACAUGCAUCUUAUCAUAGCUUCUUAUAAUUAAUUCAAAUCUUUUCAUUGCUAAGUUAUUAUUAAUAUGUUAUAGUUUAUUGUUAUAGUUUAUAUUGUUAUUUUAGUAGAUCUCACAGCAGAUCCAGAAGUUCGUCGUACCGCAACCAAGACGACAACGAAGAUUACAUUGACUUCGAGGAAGAUGUAGAUCCAGAAGUGAUGAAGAAGGCGUCGAGAGUUGUCGCUUCCGGAAGCCUCACUCCAGAAGACGCUUUGGAGCUAAAGGAGGUGGAUUCUGAAGUUUGA